UUUAAAUGUUAUACACAAUGCUACAUUUCUUAAUUCUUUCUUCAAACUCUCACUUAAUAACAGCAACUCUUUGUGAUCAGAUUAUCCAUCUACUGUUAAAAUUAGCUAUAGUGCUGAGAUAGUCUAUAAACAUCAGAAAUAUUAAAAAAUGAAUUUUACUUUUUACUUUUGGACACUUUAUAAAUUUCUAUUUGUGCAUGACCCUUUUUAAUGGGAAGUAUAGUUAUUUUUUGUUUGUUUUUUUACAGGUCAAGUCACGUGAUUCUCUCUUUAAUUCAAUUUAAUAAUUUUCACAUUUCUGACAAUUUUUAAAUUUUGUUUUCAUUUUUGUCUCUCUCUCUCUCUCUCUCUCUCUCGGGCACGUGCGCACGCAGGGCGCGCGCCUCCUCUCUGUAGUUCUGUCGGCAGCGUCGCACGCGCAGCGUUUGGGUGAUAUUUUUUGCAGUUUUGCGCUAAAUGUGACGUUGUUUUUUCUUCUUUUUUUCCUUUUUAAAAGAGAAUCCAGCGACGACUGCUCAAACCGUGUCCUCUAACCUCUACAUGUCACCUUUGACUCUGGUUGUGCCCUUAAUUUUCUCAACACGAUGACUCGUCUUCACUUCUGUGACCUCAGUCGAAUGAGAUGAACACGCUUCCGCUCUAUGAUCACCCCACCCAACAUCACGACACUUCCCUUACCACCGUGCUAGCGUCCAAUCAGCCGUGGUGAUGCACAUGAUAGCCAACAUCUCCUCGGCAAACCGCACAGAGGGUUUCCAGGAAGAGGAUGUGGCCAUCGAUGUCCCAGCGUCUCCUCCUUCUUCUCCACGCCAAACAUUGAGAUUUUCAGACAUCGAGGGAAACUUGGCGACACCACCUGACCUGGCUCCGCCUCCUCCACCACCGCCACCUCCUCCACCUCCUCUGCCGCCACCUCUGCUUCCAGGGCUAGGAGACCCUGCAGUCGGACUGAGGCGGAAGAAGAGCGUUAGGAGUUUCUUCUGGAAGACGAUACCAGAGGAGCAGGUGAAGGGGCGGGCCAACCUGUGGACCCAGGGACAGAUGCAGCAGCAUCGCUACCAGAUUGACGUUCACACCAUUGAGGAGCUCUUCGGUCACAGUGACUCUCAAUCCAAUGACAAGGCCACGCCCGCCCGGGGAUUGAAGGCUCGAGGCUCGUUCAGGGACACCAAAGAGGAGGUCUGUAUUCUGGAUCCUAAGAGAGGGAUGAACAUUGGGAUUUUCCUCAAACAGUUUAAAAAGACAAACCACGUUAUAGUAGAUGAUAUUCGCCAUGGCAACAGUGAGGCGUAUGGGGCGGAGCCUCUGAGGGAGUUGCUGAAACUGCUGCCAGAGGCGGAAGAGGUGAAGAAGUUGAAAGCGUACUGCGGCGAUGUCUCUAAGCUCUCAUUGGCUGAUUCCUUCAUGUACCUGCUGCUUCAGUUGCCCAGUUAUUUGGUUCGUAUCGAGUCCAUGCUGUUGAAGGAGGAGUUCCCGGGGUCGUGUGAGGCCAUGAAACAAGACAUUAGGACACUUCGCGCUGCCAUCAAAGAGCUGAUGUGUUGUGAGGAGCUCCACGCUGUUCUCCACCUGGUGCUGCAGGCCGGAAACAUCCUCAACGCUGGAGGUUACGCGGGAAACGCUGUGGGCUUCAAGCUGUCAUCCCUCCUUUCUCUGGCCGACACUAAAGCCAACAAACCGGGCAUGAACCUGCUGCAUUUUGUGGCUCUGGAAGCGCAGAAAAAAGAUGAGAAGCUGCUGGAGUUUCCUCUGAAGCUGAGUCACAUCCAGGCAGCUUCCAGGAUCUCCUUGGAAACGCUGGAUUUCGACCUGCAGUGGCUGACGUCUCGCACACACUCAGUAGAGGAGAGCAUCCAAAGAGACACAGAGCUGCUGCAGCAGCUGGAUGCCUUCCUGCAGCGUGCCACUUCGUCACUGUGCUCACUUCGCGGCAGCCGGCAGCAGCUCAGGAAAGAAGGCAACGAACUGCUGGAGUUCUUCUGUGAGGACAGAGACACAUUCAGACUGGACGACUGCUUCAGCAUCUUCAACACGUUCUGCUCCCGCUUCACUGAUGCCGUCCAGGAGAACAUGCAGCGAGAACGUAAGGAAGAAGUCCGUCAACGUCAGUUACUGGAGCUGGAGGAGCAGAAGAGGCAUUCAUGGUCUGGUGGUGAGGAGGUGGGCGGAGCCUUUGGUUUUUGCCACAGCAGUGAGAUGAGUAUGAUUGGCGCUAUGUCACAGCGCAGUGAAACUGGACUGCUAAUAGAGUUCCUGUCCUCUAGGACACAUCGCCGCUCACCCUUCAACAACUUAGACAAGUCAAGAUGGUCAAGGAGCUUAAGGCGUUCCCGGAACUCCCCAUCCAGGUCACCAUCCCUUGUUGCAGAGCGCGAUCUGAGCACUUUCCUGGGGGCAGGACCACCUAGUUCUAAGGUUUUCUGGGAGACUAUCCAGGGAGAGGCGAGGAAAUUUUCCCAGUCAACCACACACAGGUUCAUAAAUCCCGAAUAUUCCACUCGGAAUCAAACCCAAAGCCUGGCGGUCAAAGGGUCCAAGUUAUCCCGAAACCAGCGGAAUCAGAUUGGUGAGAUGGACCCACAAACUCCUCCUCCUCCUUCUUCCAGGAAUACAGGGGGUUUAAGAUUAGCAUUGACACAACAUACAGCCAUCACUUACCUCAACCAGGACAACACUCGGACUCUAAUAGACCACAUAGGCCCUGCCGGGGAAGUUGUUCGCAAAGCUACCGCCAACUCCAACCAGCAGCAAUCUGACCACAACAACAAUGGCAGUCAUCUGCCAGAUCAUUUUUUAAAUGAGCAGAAAAAAGUGCUUUCAGACCACGAAACCCACUUUCGUUUGGGAGAUGAAAAAACCUUAAACGCCAGUGAGGAUUUUAGCAUGCAAAUCCCCUCGAGUGAUGAAAAACCCCAAACCGGCACUUCCAAAAUCAGCAACAUGACGGUGCUUAUAGAGAAAUGCACCCUUGUGCCUGAGCUGAAACUGUUUGAUAAGGUCAUGACCCCAAAAUGUCAUGAAGGUGAAGUGCCUCACUCCAUCCGCCUCCAUGGACAUCACCAAGACGAUCUUGUUGUUGCAGAUUUGGAAGAGGAAGUAGCAGACCAAUCCCGUGUCUGGGAGGCACAAAAUAAUUCCCAAGUUGUGAAUACUGGAAAAUCCAACAUGCCAAUGAGGUGUUCCUCCUCACCCACUCCAUCAGAGAGGGAGGAGGAGGAGAAGAUGGUGGUGUGGUGUGUGACGGGUGUGUGUGAGGCUGCUGAUGAGUUGACACGAUCUAACGAUGUACCUGUGCAAAUGGUGGAUCCACGCUGGCAUGAUAACCAAGCAGACCAUCAAGAUUCCUGUACUGCAUUCAGUCGAACACCAUCAGAACUCCAUCCAGCCAAUAAGACGCCAGUACCUGAACCCAUCAGCAGCCAACCAGUGCCCGUGUCCCGCCCUGAAGACCCGUCACUUCCCAUCUCAUCCAGCAGGCAACCUGCAUCAGCCAAUAAAAUGCCUGCUGUCACUACAGAUGCCUCGAAGGAAGAUAAAGGACCAGCCAGUCAAGAGAACGUCGCAGAACACCUGUCCAGUGAGAAGAUAGGUUUGGAUGCUCUUCCUGAGCAAUUACCACAUGGCAAGAGUAGAAGUGAAAUCAGUUCUCGUUGUACAGCCAAAGAAAAUACAAGAGUGGUUUCUUCCACCAGUGAAAAGGCACAACCGGAAACCUCGACCAAACUAUUGGGCAAGAACCGCCCUUCCUCUAAAACCCGGCCUUCUGGGCUCAAGGUUUCAAAUGCACAAACUGCUGUCUCCAACAAAUCCAAAGCCAUCCGUACUUUGACCAAGUCAGAGAACGAGGACAUCAGGCGGGUUGUGCACAUUUCCAAAUCCACCCGAGGUGCCAGCUCACCGGGCAAACACUCUGAGAAGCCUCCAGGCCACAAGAGUCCUUCAAGGACUUCAGCGCCUGCCAGUCUAACAGUGUCUAACCCCAGCGGUGCCUCCCUUCAGCAGGGGGACAGACCCUUGUCUGCCCCUUCAUCCCGACGUGCCAGCAUCCACAAGAUACAAGACCCUAAAGAGGUUCCUGCAGUCAAGGAGUCUGUCAGAGACCAGAAGGAUAAAUUGCAAAGACGACCGUCCAUCCGAAAGCCUUUAGUGAAGCCCAAAGCCCAACCAGAGGAGAAAAUGUGCCGCUCCACACUCCGGGCGCUGUCCCAGGCUGUAGCAAAAGGUGGUGGCAGUGCAAGUGCCCCCGUCACCCCAUCACAUAAAACCACUGCAACUUCAUCCUCACAACUUCCAAGCUUUGCUCGAAGCACUGCUUCUUCCACUUUCAGACGGAGUCAGACCACCCUCACUUCUCCUGCUCCUCCUCAUUCUUCCCAUCGCAGCACAGACUUGUCUCCCAAAACCUCCCCUAGGACAACCUCCUCCUCUUGCACCCAUCCGUCCAGCACGGCCUCCACUUUUAUCCAAACAGGCUCACUGAGAGCCUCCAUGUCAUCGAGAUCUUUAGAUCUACGCAGCCCGUCAUCGUCGUCCUUGCAGAAGACAUCUAAGAGUAUUAGGACGCUUCCUUGCUCCCCAAGCUGUGACUCACUGGCUCCACCUAAAGGCCAACAGCAAAAAACCAGCGGCAGCUUCUCGGACAAGUCGUCUCAUUCAAAUGAAUCUGGGAAGCCCACUAAACCAGGCUGGAGAUAACAGGAGGAGUCUAGGCUAUGUUCCAGCAAGACAUCUGGAUGGUGUCUCCAAGUCCUUCCUUCUUAUCUCUUUUGAAUAUUGAAACUUUUUGACAUAGGAAGAAUGAAUGCAGUUCCAAAUGAAAGCAGAAAGUCUUCCUCAGGAAAAACGACAAGUGGCAAAAGAAGGAAUGUCCAAGCUUGGGUUCGAAGUGCAAUUAACCGACCCUAUCUUUGUUUGAAAAUGAAGACAAAUUUGGCUUCUGCACUUUACACUGCAACCCUACAUGGAAGUAUAACCCAUAGUCUCCAAAGUGUUCAUUCAAACACUUUAGGUGUCCGUAACGGGAGAGGAAGAAUUCAACUCAGAAUUAUUGUACUAUACGUUCUCUAAUUAAAACUGAUGUUUAUAUAACCCGCCUCAAAUAACAGCCGGGGAUGCGACCCCUUUGAAAUGUAUAAAUCUCAAAUCCAGGUAGUUUUAGACCUUUUGGUUUUAACUCCGGCUUUCAAAAAGAACGAUGUCACUCUAUCACGUGGAAUUUUGUUCCAGUGACUAAUAAGAAUCUUUUCUGAAUAAUUACCAGCAUGUACUUGUUAAAUUUCCUCAACUUUAAAGAAAUGGCGACCUUAUUUGUUGGACGUUUUUUAUGCCUGUAAACGUUUAAGUAGAUUAAGUAACACUGACGUCUUUAAAGGUACGGUAACGGCUCCAUUGUUACUUUUACAAAUAAUUAUUUUUUUAAAGGCCGUCUUUGUUUUACAGACAAGCAACAUCUCGCGGUUGUGCAACUUUUAUUGUGUAGCAAAUCAUUGUUAUGCAACUUUCAAUUCUCUUGGGAGGAUGUCGAAAUAAAACGGGUGGCAAAGUAGUAACAGACAAAUCUGGGACUUUGCAGAGCUGCAGUUUGUCCAUUGUAUUCUACCAACGUUGUUGCCUUAUUUUAAUGAUGACCUUGGCAUUUCGCAACCCGUAGGUGAGCCCUUUAUUUUCCAAGAACUUGACAGAUGUGGCAGGUAACUUGCACAAAUUGGAGAAACAGGAAAAAAUAAUUUAGCAUUGCGCUGAAUUGCGUAGACAUUAAAUUGGUUUGAGACAAUUUCCUGCCAAAAUGUGGGUGUGAAAUAAUCUGAGAAAAAUAAAUAGGAAUCUUGACUUGCUCAGGUGUGACAUCACUUUUAUUAUAUGCAUGUUUUUAAAAGAAAAUGACAAUAAAUAAAUUUUAAAAACAAAUAUUGAGGAUUUUUUUUUUUUAAUUAAGUUCCUCCAAGUAUAAAAGAGAUUUGAUGAAAUGGCAUUAUUUUAUGUGUGAAACGACUUUUUUUUGAUUGUGCACCUUUAGUGUCACUAACCACACUGAGGUUUUUUUUUUUUCCCUGUGUGUAACCUGGUUAAAAUAAAUUUGUAAAUAUGACUGUAGCUUAAAAUCACUGAGAAUCAUGUCAGUGAUUAGUUUUUGACGAGGAGCGAUCCAAAGUGUCUGUGCCUUGUUUGUACAUUACUCUUAUUUAUGUACUGUAUGUGUUUAAUUGUUUGAUAUAUAAUGUAUAUACUAGUUAAAUAAAGUAUUAUUCC